AUGGGUUUCUUUACUUGCCUUGCUUUUGCGGGGCUUCUGAGCUCCUUGCCUGUGCAUUCAUUGAGAGCUCCGGCGGACACAUUUGUCUUCCCAGGAAGCAACAGUAAACCAUGGGUUUCAAAUCCUGCGGAGGAGUUCCUCACGGGAGGCUAUCUCGUGGAGUAUCAUGACAACACCAAGCAAUUCUCCGCGCUUUCUUCAGCCCUGGAGGGAGUUGGAUUAGCAUCACAACAUCGCUUUGACUAUAACCACAAAUUCUUCCGUGGAUCGUCUUUCGUCGUCGACGAACCCGAAGAUCAAGAGCGCACAAUGGCGAAGAUCAUGUCAACUAAGCAGGUGAAAAACGUUUGGCCCAUUCGGUUGAUAAAACGUGACCCUGGCCAGAUACAUUCUAAACUGCCUGCUGGGAUCCAUAAAUCCCCAAAGUUGGCCAAACGUCGAUCAGAAGAUAAAUGGUCAACACACGUUAUGACAGGGGUGGAUAGGCUCCACGCUCAAGGCCUUACUGGCAAGGGAAUCUUCGUUGCCAUCCUUGAUACCGGCGUGGACUACAACCAUCCAGACCUUGGAGGCGGCUUUGGCCCCGGUUAUAAGGUGGCUAAAGGGUACGAUUUCGUGGGUGAUAAUGCGAGAUUUGGGCAGGAUCUCCAACCAGAUGAUGACCCCUAUGAAUCUUGCGGUCUCCACGGUACUUGGGUUUCUGGGAUUGUAGCAGCCAAUUCCGGCCCCUUCAACGCAGUUGGCGUUGCCCCUGAAGCGACUCUCGGCAUGUAUCGUAUUUUCGACUGCCUUCUGUGGACCUCAGAAGAUGUGGUUAUCAGCGCCUAUUUGAAGGCGUACGAUGAUGGCGCUGAUGUUAUCUCCUUGUCCUUCGGCUCCUAUAGCGGCGUGCCUACUGAUCCGCUGGGGCGCGUUGUGUCCAACAUUGUAGACUCAGGUGUCAUUUGUGUUGCGGUCAGUGGUGAGGUUGGGGGUCCGCCUUUUCAAGCAAACAGUCCGGCUACCGCACAUAACACUCUCUCCGUUGGUACGGUUGAAAAUACGGUCAAGCCUAUUUUCCGUUUUCUCGGAGAAUAUUCUGUCGACGGAGGUGACAGUGAAACCUUUGAAUAUGAACCGACUGAUAUCCCUUUUAAAGAGUCUAGAGAAUUAUGGACCUGGAACUAUACGAUGGAUUACGACGAUCCGUACAGCCUUCUUACAUGCCCUGAUUUUCCUCCCGGCGUCCCUGGCGUGAGUGAAAAGGUUGUCCUUGUCCCAUUCUGUUUAGGGACUAUGUUGGAUGCCGUAGGCCUCGGGGCCAAGUAUCUCAUGCUUCAUGAUAAUGGUGAUAUCCUCCCUUCAGUUGCCGUUGCUGAUACGGACGACGAUGAAGAGAUACUGCUUGGGUUCGGAAUUGUUACUCGCGAACAGGGAGAUGCAUGGCAAGCAAGUUUUCUGAAGGGCGCAAAUGCCACCCUUUCCUUCACCAAUCCAGAUGACCCUGAUUUCCGGUACCGCGAAGUCCCUAAUAACCUCGGAGGGUCAAUGGAUAUAUGGAGUUCAUGGGGUCCGUCGCUGGAAAUGGAUUUAGCGCCUAUGCUUGCUGCCCCAGGCGCAAAUGUUCUUGCCACGCUGCCUAAGAAAGAUGGACUUUACGGUGUUCUAUCUCGUGCAGGAGGUGCGGCUCCAUAUGCCGCCGGUGUUGCCGCUCUCAUGAAGCAGCAUGACAAACGGAUAAACCCCAAAGAACUUGUGCGAGCUCUCACCACAACCGCAAACCCGAUGAAAUUCAAUGACGGGCGAUCCAAGGAUGACACCUUUGCACCUCCAAUCCAGCAAGGAGGCGGACUGAUUAAUGCAUACUCGGCCAUUCGCUCCACGACUAAAGUUUCACCAGCCCAUAUUAAACUGGGUGGUAGGAACAAGGCAGCUGUGGUCACUAUUCGCAACAACGGACGCAAGUUUCAGACAUAUUCAAUCUCACAUGAGGCCUCCCACAGUGUCUACACUGUUUUCUCUGACCUUUUUGAACGCACUACGCUCCCCGAAAUCGCGCCUAGCACCGCGCGUGUUCUAGUUUUCCCGCCCAAAAUCAUACUGCCACCAAGGACGAGUCUCGGGAUCUUGUUGCACUUUAGCUCUCCAUCCAAAUUGGCCAAAGAACGGGCUCCAAUCUACAGUGGUCACGUAUUUGUCAAGGAGAAGCACGGAGCAGAGUUUUCUAUUCCAUACUCGGGCACACCCUCGAACCUUGAAGAGAUCGAGCCAUUCAACAAACGUCUUACCUAUUUAGCCUCGACAGACGACAUCAGUAAAGGGGUUGAGGACGGCCGUAUCUUUAAAUUCCCAAAGGAAAACGUCACGGAUAUUGAAGAUUUCAACCUCCCAGUCAUGAUGGUUGGCUUGGACUUCCAUGCUCGCGAAAUCCAGGCCGAACUCAUCCCAGAAUCUCCAAUUGAGGGCUUUGACGGCAGACUUGGAGGCAGUGAACCUUUUGGGCCUCUUCCCCCUGGGCUUUGGUUUCCCAUCCCGGUUUUCGGCAACUUGGCUUCGGGUGAAUUACUUCCGGAAGGGAAGUUCCAGCUUUCUGUGAGGGCGUUGAAGUACGGGGGAGAGCAAGACGAAAACAGUGCGUGGCAACAGAUAUCGACGACGACUUUUGGUGUCGAAUUCGUGGGUGGAGGUGACUGA